UGACGCGGUCGUGAUUCACGGGGAAACCACGCCUAGACAGUCCAGGCUGGGCAAUGACAUGACAAGUUCGGAGGACUCUUACCACUGGAUGGACAUUUAGCCUAAACAUCGGAUUUCCUUCGUAGCCUUCGUUACAGUAUAAGGUCCACCAUGAAGAGACGGGCGUGUCAUGUGCCAGUUCUGCCCCUGGUUCUGCUGGUGCUGCUGCUGACCGACCCAGCGUGGGCAUGGGGCAAGAAGAGCUCAUCCUCCUCCAAAACCAAAACGUCCUCCUCCAACAAACCAUCGUCCACCUCACCUAGGACGAAGACCCAGCCCAAUUACCCCAGACAGCCCGCCCAGCCAAACCAACCAAACCCCUACCCCAAAGGGGGUACCUAUCCGGGGGCUGGGACCAACACAAACCAGCAGAACCCCAGCAGGGGAGGAACCAGUUAUGGCGGGAACACAAACCAGCAGUAUCCUGGAGCGGGUGGUUCCCCCAACCAACAGUACCCGGGCAGAGGAGGGACUCCGAACCAGCAGUACCCCGGCGCGGGUGGUUACCCCAACCAACAAUACCCUGGUGCCGGAGGGUACCCCAACCAACAGUACCCAGGCAGAGGAGGGACUCCGAAUCAACAGUACCCCGGAGCGGGUGGUUACCCCAACCAACAAUACCCUGGUGCCGGAGGGUACCCCAACCAACAGUACCCGGGUAGAGGCGGGUACCCCAACCAACAGUACCCUGGUGCUGGAGGGUACCCCAAUCAACAGUACCCGGGUAGAGGCGGGUACCCCAACCAACAGUACCCUGGUGCUGGAGGGUACCCCAACCAACAGUACCCUGGAGCAGGGGGAGGGUAUGGAGGCGGGUAUGGAGGCGGGUAUGGGGGUGGGUAUGGGGGUGGUGGGCAUACCAACUGGAACCCAAACAAUAAGAUCCUAAGCCCUCGGUACGGAGGAGGUUACGGCUAUGGCGGCACGGGCGGCUCUUCCUUCGCCCGCUCCGUGCAGGGCAACGGCUACAUGCCCAACCAAAAGUCCCAGGGCUUUGCCAAGAAGGCCAUGCUGGCGGCAGGCGUCGGGGCGGUGGCGGGCAUGGCGGUGGGCUACGGUCUCGGACGCUUCCCGCGGCCCCACUUUGGCUUCCGCAGCCCCAUGGAGGAGCAGCAAUACAACCGCUACAUGUACGAGCGCUACGGCGAGCGCUCCACAGACGACAACGACUACCGUGAGUACGUCUACAAGACGCCGCCGAAGGCCGACAAGAGCUUCCAGCCGUACGAUCAGUAUAUGGAGAGCUGCAUGAAGCGCACUGACCUCCUCAAGCAGGACGGACGCAGCUCAGACACGAGCAAUCUACAGAGCGAUCAGCCAUCAGACACGAGCAAUCUACAGAGCGAUCAGCCAUCAGACCAGAGCAAUCUACAGAGCGAUCAGCUAUUAGACACCGAAGAGAGAAAGGAAGACCCAGACAGAAGCAAUCUACAGAACAAUCAGCCCUCCAGAACCAGUGAGACUCGUAAAGAUCUAGACAUGAGCAGUCUGCUUGCAGAUGCUAACGCUAACGGCACUCUGGGCAGUACUGACCCAGAGAAGAGUGGCGUCGUGGCGUCUGAGGCUCCUGAGGCGGAUGCAGGCACGGCAGUGGGCGUCAGGCGAAGGCGGCGCGCCGUUGCCGACGGCGACCACGACACCGUCAGCAUCGUGGAGGUGGGCUACCCGGCGCUGAUUGACCAGCUGAAAUCGCGGCGCUGCAUGGAGCUCUACAUGGCGUACUCGGAGCAGUUCCUGCAGAAGCAGAGCCAGGUCCAGGAGCCACUCAACCACGGCGACACCAGCGGACGACCCCUCGCUCUGCUCCUCACCACCUCCAUCAUGCUGCUCUGCAGCAACGUCCUACUGCAGUGAGGAAGCAGGCAGUGAGAAGAGAGUGUGUGUGUGUCAGAGGGAGAGAGAGAGAGAGAAUGUGUGUGUGUCUCUCUGUAUGUGUAUGAGAGCGAGAGUGUAUGUGUCAGAUAGUGAGAGAGUGCGUGUGUGUGAGAAUAUGUACUGUAUAUAUGUAUACACUAUGUGUGUGUGUGUGUGUGUGUGUGUGUGUGUAUUGUUCCAUGAUAUACUCUGCGGAUGGAUGAUUCAGCCAGCAUGAAGUGGUUGUAAGUCUGAGGGCACGUUGUCCUGAAGUGUUGUGUUCAGUUUGACUUAUUGAUAUUAAUGGGUUUCUAUGUUUAUGUUAUUGCAUUGAUUCCACUCUGCAAAACUGCACUGACAUGAACGUAAUGUUUUUUAAUGAACCCCUGCCUUCCCCAUAUCCUUAGUGUCACUCAUGUUCACAUUGAUCACGUACAUGGACUUAAGUUAUUUUACCUAUAAGGUGUUCCUUACUUGUGUCUUGUCUUGUGGUAUUUUUGAAAAAUGUGGUUUUGCAGCUGAAACGGAUUGCUGUCUCAUAGUAUUUUUGUGCUACUGAUGUAACAAUGAUAAUAAUGCAUCAAUCAUAGUAGUUAACAAGUAAAGGAUAAUGUAUUGUCCGCUGUUAAUUAUUAGAAAAUAAGUCCCGACAGGGC